CUUCAGUAGCGGGGGAAAUGUCAAAUGUAAAAACGAAGUAAAUAAAACAUGGCUCCUAGACGUGUUAAAAUAAAUAAGUUUGAUUCUAAAAAAUUAAGUGCAAAUGAUGUGAUUUGCCCCAUUUGUCGCAGCAUUUUAAUCAGGCCGAUAACCCUGCCCUGCAGCCACGGCUUUUGCUCGUCGUGUUUCGACACAACAACAGAGAAUUCAAACGUUGUUUGUCCCCUGUGUAGGGUGAGGGUUGGUUCAUGGCUUAGAUCGGCCACAAAGUCGAAAAAAAUUGUAAACGAGACGUUCUGGCAAGCAAUUCAAGACUCGUUCCCGUUGCAGGUCAAAAAUAAGUUAAAAGGACUGAGUGGAAAGGUUUUAGAAGGUAAAAGUGAGAAAAGGUCCGUCGGUAACAAUAAAAUCGGUGAGAAAGUGUCGAAAGCUGUUAAAGCCCAAGCGAUUAUUAAUAAAUUUUGUACAAGUAAAAAACCAGAUGUGAAGGAAGUUGGUAAAUUGGUUUCUGUUCCCUCGACUUCAACUACCGCUGGUCGCAAGAAUAAUCAGACGGUCCCUGUGAAAGCUGAAAAGAAUGAAAGAGCGACCUUUUUCUUGAAUAAUUUCGCCACAAAAGAAUACACUUGUAGGAUUUUGUGUCAGAACGUGAGCUCAAAGGACAAGAACGAAUCUCAAAACUUAAGCUUGAAGAAGAACAAGAGAAUACAAAAAAUAACCGAAUCAGAACUUUCAAAUGACCGAAGUAACAGUAUUGAAUCCGAAUGUUUAUACUUUAAACCUAUUGACUAUCGGCAUAAUCCACCCUCUGAAGGACUAGCCCCCAUUAAAGUUCCUACUAGAAAACCAAAUAUUAAUGCUAACGCGAAAAUACUUGCACCUUGUGGCCAAAACCAGAUCAACAUAAAUUCCUUAGAAUCAGCGUUUGCCCGCCUGUUCUCCCCAAUUCUACCAGAGGUAGAAGUUUGUAAAAAAGAAAAUAUCCAAUCACAAAUGUCUUCUCAACUCGAUGCUUCUCUUCCCGCAAAGAGAAAGCAUGAAAAAACCGAAAACAAAACUAAGAAAAAAGUAAAAGCUGUCCAAAAACCAACGGAAAAUCAAUCAUUCGAAUCAAAAGAGAGUGUCACUAUUGACUUGACGAAAACGUGCGACGAUUUUGACUUUUCAUUAAGUAACUGUAUGAAGAAAAUCAAUCUCAAAUCGGCGAAAAACGUAAUGCCUGAGGAAAGCCUCAAAAGGUUGCAGGAACAGGCAGAUUUCGAACUGGCGACUAAACUGCAACAAACCUACAACCAGGCGUUCCAAUAUUCCACGAGGAGCGCCGUUCUGAAACGGACGAAUCAAGUGAAGAUGGGAGGAAUGACACCAUACAAAGUGAAAUAAGUUUGUUGUUUUUUCGAAAUAUAUUUGAACAGUUGUUUUGUUUAA